AUGGCGGCAACCGUCGACGUCGGCUACCUGGCCGCGUCCUAUUCCGUCCCAGAGACAACCCUACAGUCACUACUAUCCGAGCCCACCGUCGAGCUCGUCCAGACGCUCCUCACUCAGAUCGAAGCGAAGGCGCGCGCAUACGAUGACCUCCAAUCGGAGAAGAUCCGCACCGAUGUCGAGCUCGAAGCCGCCAUCCAGGGCGGAGAGCAGCGCGCGCGCACCCUGAAGGCCACCGCAGAGAAGGCGCAGAAGGAGGCCGAGGAAUUGAAGAAGAAGCUAGUCCAAGAGGAGAAUGCACGGCAAGAGGCAGAGUCGGCACUGCACAAUCUGCGCGCCACGGCCACCAGCUCGACGUCUGAGACGCAGGCGCUGGAGUCGCGCAUCAAGACGCUCGAGUCCCAGAACCGCGACCUCAUGGCCAUGCACGAGACCAAGACGACCGCACACGACCGCCUCGCCAAGGAGCUCACCGAGCAACACCAGAAGUCGGUCGAGCUGCGCAAGCAGGUGUCGACGCUCGAGGAGAAGACGCAGUCGCUUGAGAGCGCCGCCACCAAUGUCAAGUUCCGCGAGGCCAACCUGCAGCAGGAAAUCGAGCAGCUCCGCAGCAACAACGACUGGUACACGACCGAGCUCAAGACACGUGCAGACGACCACAGCAAGUACCGGAAAGAGAAGAAUGCCCAGAUUGCCCAACUCCAGCGCGAGAACGCCGACGCCGCCGAGACCAUCGACACCCUAAACCGCUCCGAGACGCUGUUGCGACAACACAUUGAAGAGCUCAAGGGCAAGGCCGAGGAGGACCGUCUGCGCAUCGAGGAGCUCGAGAAUGCAGCGUCAGCCGCCGAGGCCCAUUUCCGCAUCGAGCUCGACAGCGCGCGCCGCCUGUCGACGCUGCACCAACAAAAUAACGAGAUGACCAAGAAGCGCUUGGAGCAGCUGCAGUCGGACAGUAGCCGCGUACAAGAGGAAGCCGCGACCGAGAUUGGCCAGCUCAUGGCCGAAGUCGAGGCGGAACGUGAGAGGGCUGCCGAGGCCGAUGCGCGCACUGCUGAGCUCGAGACGCUCGUCGAGACCCUCAAGAGCGACAACUCCGAGCUUCGAAGCUCCGUCCGCGUACCCGGAACGCCGCGACACGGCAUGAGCAUCAACGGUGGCUUCAGCACGCCCGGCCGAGCUGGUUCGCCUGCUGUCGUCUUCUCCCCUGGCGGCUCGCAGCUCAAGACCGAUGCGUCCAAGACUCAGCUACUGAUCGAGAACAACGACCUCAAGAAAGAGCUUCGCAAGGUCCGUGAGAAGUUGGAAGAGAACACCGGUGUCCUCAACGACAUGCUGCAGGAGCUGGAGCGUCACCAACCCGAAUUCGACGAACUCCGCCGCCAGAACGAUGCCCUGAACGAGCAGAACAACGAAAUCAGCGCGCUUCUCGAAGAAGCCAUUGCCGAACGCGAGGCAGCACAACGCGACUCACGCAAGGCGCUGGGUGACUUGGAAGGCGUACACAACGAAUCUGCUCUCCUGCGUCGCCAGGUACAGGACAUGACGAUCCAGCUGCGGACAUUGUUAUGGCGUCGCCAGGUUGAAGAGCAGGGUCUGGGCAGCCUCACAGAGGAACAGCAAGAGUUCAUCGUCAACGCUCUUGAGAACAACCAAGUACCGGACAAGCACGUACCAGACGACUCGCCUACACACCAGAUGAUCACGAAGCACCUGAUCCUCUACAAGGACAUUGCUACCCUGCAGCAACAGAACGCCGAACUGACGCGCACACUCCGACAAGUGGGCGACGAACAGGAGAGGCAAGAGGUCCGCAUGAAGUCUGAGCAAUACCAGCAAGACGUCGAGGAGCUUGGCCGUCUACGCUCCGUGGUCGCUGAGAAGGAAGAAGAGAUCAAGUCACUCAACGUUCGCUCGCAAACCCUCAAGACCGAGCGCGACAUGUACAGCCGCAUAGUUGGCGGUCGGGGUCAGUUGCCGUCUCACUCGCAGUCAACAUCCGCUUUCGCACAGUCUGUGCCUGCAGGCGGAGCUCCCUUGCUUCUCGAGAACGGCUCUUCAUCCCGCGAGAUCCCCGAGUACAGCAAGCUUAUCAAGGACCUUCAAUCCCACAUUGACCUGCUCAAAGAGGAGAGUGCCACAGACCGCACUACACUCAAGGCGCAGGUUGAUAGUCUGACCAAGGACAACUCUCAGCUCCAGAGCGACAAACUCCGUUUCGAGUCGCAGGUGCGUCGAGAGCAGGACAGGUAUGCCCGUCUUGAGGGUAGCAUCAAACUGCUCCAAUCCGAGAAGGACUCCCUCCAGGAACGCUACAACAAGGUCCAAGCCACCAUGGCCCAACAGGACGACAGGCUUGUCAAGGCCACCCAGAACGCUGCGGAAGCUGAGGCACGUCUUCAGAGCUUGCAGGGCGAGAUGGUGCAGCUCAAGGCAUCUCGGGAAAUGUCCGCGACUAUUGAAGCACGUCUUAAGGAAAGGAACCAGGAGUUGAUGACCGAGCGCGAUCGGUUGAGCAACAUGGUGUCCUCGAUUCAGAGUCUGCGCAACGAAGCUGAGUUGGCCACCGCGGAGAGCCGACGCGAGCUGCAGAACACGGUGGACAAGCUUCGGACAGAUUUGCAGAGCGCUGAAAGCAAGUUGGAGGACGAGAUCGCCGAGCACAAGAGGGCGACCCAGCAAAGAGACUACGAGCGAACCGAAACGCAACGACGCAUCGACGACCUCAUUGCAGCACGUAACAGUGCCGAAGUCAAGUCUGCGACCGCUGAAACGACGCGCCACCAGUUGGAGCAACGCCUUAAGGAACUCCAGAACCAACUUCAGUCGUCCGAGGAGCGCUUACAGGCUCUUCAACCACGAUCGCAGGCCAACGAUGAGCAAGAUCCUGUCAGUCGCGAGGAAGAGCUUGCGGAACAGGUUUCGGAUCUUAAGCGCAAGAUCGAGCGCAAGGAAGAGGAUCUGGAGGCCGUGACUGCCCAGAUUGCCGGCUUCCAGGACAUCGCUCAGGAUGCCGAGAACCGAUUGCAGACCUUUGUCGAGGCCCACGAACGACUCCAGGAGCAACUUAACCUUGCACAAGAAGAGAAGGAUGCUACUAUCCGCGAUCUGCAACAGCGCGUGGAAGACAUCUCUUCUGAGCUCGCAUCAAGCAGCACCGAGCUUACCGAACUGCGAGGAAAGCAUGAGCAAGACACGUUGGUCCUCAGACAAGAGAAGGAAACCUUGGAAGCAGAGAUCACCCGACUCAACAAUGAUGUAGCCGACUACAAGGCUGAGGCUGAGAACCAGAUGCAAUACGUGAAGACUCAAGCCGACAUCGCCGAGCGCGCCCAGAAGGACUACGAGCACGAGUUCCAGAAGCACGCCGAGAGCAUGACGAAGCUCCGUGAGCUGCGCGACGAAUUCAAUCAGCUUCAAUCCCAGAUCACAGAGUUCAAGACGCAAGCAGAAGCUGCACGCACAACGCUGGAGCAGAGUCAAGAACACUGGAAGUCUACUGAGGGUCGCUAUGAGGAGCAGCUUGCAGAAGCCAGACGCCGCCACGACGACUUGAAGCAAUACAACCAGACAUUGCUCAAGCAGUUCGACGAAUACAAAGAGCAAAUCAACAGCUUGAAGAACGACCGGGGCGCAUCGACUGGGGAGCCAAGCAAUACGGAGUCCGGCUCUAACAACCUCCAGGACAUCGAGACCUAUCUCCGCCGAGAGAAGGAGAUUUUGGAAGUUCAGUUGAACCUCAAAGUGCAGGAGUCAAAGCGUCUCGAGCAGCAACUCACACACGCCCAGGGUCAGCUCGACCAGACGCGAGAGAAGCUACUGGAAGAGCAAGCCAAGGCCUCGGGUUCGCAGAGCAACUCCAGCCUUGCACAUCUCAACAAGAACCUCGAAGAACUUAACGUCUACCGCGAGAGCAAUGCGACGUUGCGCAGCGAAAACACGCGUCUUCAAGCCUCGUUUGCUGAGAAGGCCAAGGCACUGGAGGAUCUGCAGGCUGAGUUGGAACCCUUGCAAGUUCGUGUGACUGAACUUGAGGGCGAGCUCGAGCUCAAUGUAGGUCACCUCAAGGCUGUUGAGGAGGAUCGCGACCGCUGGCAGAAGCGUCACCAGGACGUGCUCCAGCGAUACGAUCGCAUCGACCCCAAGGAUCUCGAAGAUCUCAAACAACAGAUCGAAGACCACAAGGUGGAGCGCGACCAGGCACUCGAGCAGGUCGCCGGCCUCAACGAACAGAUUACAGCUCUCACAAGCGACGUACAGAAGGCGAAUGCUGAGCGAGAUAACAUCAAGGCGGCCGAGCGAGAAAAGUUCCAAAAGACACAUAAUCAGCGCAUGUCAGAGAAGAGGGCUGAAAUCACCGCACUCACUGCACAGCUCAAGGAGGCGCAGGAAUCGAGUACAAGCUUACAAAAGGAGGUCGACCGCAUCCGCCAAGAGCUCACCAACGCCCAAGCCACAAGUGCCAACGCCGGACAAUCCCAGGAGCGAACGGCGGCACUUCAGAAAGAGUUGGAGCAGACCCGCGCACGACUGGCGACGACCCAGCAAGAGCUUAAUGCCGCGAAGACUGCUCGCGACGAAGCCAUUGCUCAGGCGAACACUUCUACUCAGGCAGCUGAGAAUGCAGAUGCGGGCGAAGAGGGUCAGAUCAACGAGAACUCUGAUGCUACGACGGCCCAGCUGGCUCUUCUGCAGAAGCAGCUGGGUGAAGCUCAGCAAAAGGCUUCGAAUGCCGAGAGCAGCCGAUCUGCCAUUGCAAACCAACUGUCCGAGCUACAGGCGCAACUGUCAACACUGGGCGAGCUCCAGAAGGAAGCCGUAAGUUCCAGUGACGUUCUUGUCACAUGCCCGAGACUAACUUUUCCGCAGGCUACGAAAGACACCACCAUCGACGAGCUUCGGAACCAGCUUUCACAGCAACAACCGUCAUCGAACCCGGCUUCUGCCGAGCCCGCGACCGACUCCGCCACGGCCGUGGACACUGAAAAGCUCAAGGAGGAGCUCGCUGCGAAGGCCGCCGAAGUCGACGAUUUGCGGGCUCAACUUGCUAGUGCGAAGUCUGGACAACAACCCACCGAGGGCCAGACACAACCGGAAGCCUCGCACAACGACGAUCAGAUCACAGCCCUGAAGGCUUCACUCGACCAGCGAGAGGCCGAGCUGAACGAACUCGAAGCAUCGUUGAAAGCCCGUGAAGACACGAUCACUAGGAGAGAAGGCGCCCUGGAGAAGAUCAAGAACAAAUACAACGAGUCUAUCAAGAAGACCAAGGCCGAAUCCAGCGAACAGGUCGAACGCUUGAAGGAGGCUCACCAAGCCGAGCUCGAGAGUCUACGACAAGAGAAGCAGGCCGCUGCCUCGACUCAAAACGCUACCAGUGAAGGGACAACCGAGACUCAAUCUGUACCGGAUGGCAUGAUCAACACACAGGAUCUACCACGACCUGCAGUCACGGAAGAUCAGCUCAGGAAGUGGUUCAAGACCAACAGUGGGGUGUUGGCGGUGGUGAAAUCUCAGAUUCAUAUGAACCUCGAGAAGCAAACAGCUGCGAGGGAUGAGAAGAUCAAGCAGCUCAACGAACAGAUCAAGCAGCUCAAUACACAGAUCGAUCAGCUCAAGACUCAGAAGGCUAUCGAUGGCAUUAUGGGUGUGAAGCAGGAACCUGAACAACCGAAGGCGGCUGGUUCGGGCGAGGACCUGGCUGCCGUCAACGCUGCUUGGGAGAAGAAGCUGAAGGAGAAGCUCGAGGAACUAGAAGCGAAGCUGACCAAGACGCAUGAAUUGAAGGCGAAACUCAACGCUUCACAGUUGAAACUGUUCAGAACCAGGUUCAGCUACGUCGAGAAGGCUGCGAAGGAGACGCCGACCGAGGAGGUCGCAAAGGUGUACGCUGUUGCGCUGACCCAGAAGCCUGUGGAAGCCACUAAGCCUGCACAACCCACCACACCCGCCAAGCCUGCUCCCUCACAAGCUGCGCCGAAUACAUCAACACCAGCACAGCAACAGCCAGCGGCGCCUUCCGCGACCAACACACCUCAAGCAAACGGCACCAACAACGCUACUCCUACUCAAGCCACACAGCCCAACCCCUUCCUCCAGGCCGCCGGCCACGGCACCGCCCCAAACCCAUUCCAGCAAACCCAGAACCAAAUGGGACGAGGACUACCUCAGCCAGGUUUCACAGUCCAAGGCCAAGCCCAAGCUCAACAGCCGCAAGCACAGCAGCAACAGCAAUCAGGACGCGGCGCAGGAACCGGAGCCCAGACCCUCCGCGGCGCCCUCCAAUCCAACAUCCCCCGCGGCGGCGGCGGCGGCGGAACCGGUAUCCCCAUGCCUGGCGGACGCGGACGAGGCCAGAACCAGCCGCAGCAACAACAUCAAGGUCAGCAAGGUCAGAACCAGCAACAACAGCAAAACCAAGGUCCAGGUGCAUCGCAAAUCGGUCGCGGAGGCGGCCGGGGUGGUGGACGGGGUCGCGGCCAACAGAAUCAGAAUCAGGCUCAGAAUCAGAGCUCGCCUGCUCGUGGCCUCAACCCCGGUGCUGCGGGCUUUCAACCUGGACAAGCUGGUCAAGCUGGACGUGGACAGAAGCGCGGUGCUGAAGAUGAUAGUGAGGGUGCGACGAGGGGAGGGAAGAGGGCGAGGGGUGGACGCGGUGGUGGUAAUGGAGGGCAGGCGGGCGCUGAGUAG